UGUCCACCAAUCCUCUCUGGUUCUUUGUAAUACGAUUCGGUUCCUUUCCAUCUUUUGGUCGGAUUUGCAGGUACUCUAGAACUGGCGGAAAUACUGGAAGAGUCCAAGUCAAAGAACGAAGGGUUGGUGAUAGCCCUUUAUGAGGCCAUAAGAUCUCGAGACGUGCGAACGGUGCACCAGAUCCUAGCCCCCGAUUUGGAGUGGUGGUUUCACGGUCCGCCUACAUACCAGUUCUUGAUGCGCCUUCUCACUGGCUCUGGUACGACGUCGGAUAAGGAAGAGGAAUCAUCCUUCGAGUUCGUCCCGUUCUCGAUUACCUCCUUUGGCUCCACUGUCCUCGCCGAGGGCUGUGACCGCGACGGCAAGAUCUCCUGGAUCCACGCCUGGACUGUCGCUGAUGGGAUAAUCACCCAAGUCAGGGAGUACUUCAAUACUUCUCUCACCGUCACUCGUUUUGGGAACUCCGAUCCACGACCUUCGGUGGCGGAAAUUGUUCCAUCGCAUUGCCCCUCCGUCUGGGAGAGCAGCCUGUCCGGUCGGGCCGGGAAGUCCGUGCCGGGUCUUGUCCUGGCCAUUUAAGGAUACUUCUGAUCCGGUGCUGCUGCGGCACUAGCUAAUAAAUAAAGCGGCGGCUGACGUGUCGGGUCUUGGUUGGUUGCAAUGUGAACCCAGGGCCUUGUUUGUGUGGGCUUUUAAAGGUUGUUUGCUGUGUCGUUUGUUUUAUUUUACACUGUGAGAGUUGUGUCUGUGUGGGCUGGGCCGAGAUGGGGAUGCUCCACUGGUCAUGUCCUCUUGUUAAUAUCGUGUGGUUCUCUUAUUAUGCAAUAAAAAUGGAUGUGCGAGAUUUUAUGAUGAA